AUGCACCUGAAGAAGACGGAGACAAUGACGUUGAAGAUGGUGAUGGAGAUCAAGACGAGACUGAACUCCUUGCCGGCGUGUGUUGGAUUGGAUCAAGGAUUUGUUGUUGCAGUAGGAUUUUUAUUCCUUCUGCUGAGUGUUAUAUGUUGCUCUCUCGGUUGUUUAGGAAUUGCUUUCGUCGAGAGGAUAACGAGAGGGUGGUCGGACGAAAGCUGUUAUACGAGAAAAUUCUGUAUGGUGCUUAAAGAAAAUUGUUCACAACAGGAUAUGCUGAAGGCAUUGUUUCAGAUAUCUCUAGAAUAUGCAGAAAGGGAAUUCGAUCAUGUUAGAAAUGAUGGAGAGUCAGUUGGUUGGAUCACAUACGGGCUUAAUGCAAGGCCUCUGCCUAAUAGAAUUCGACCGAGCAACACAGAGUUCUAG